AUGUUUCCCAUAGGACUAAUAAUAUCUGUAUGCUUUGUAUGGCAUUAUACUUGCGGUUUAUUUAUACCUUUAGAAGAUUCAUUACUGCUUAAUAAAUAUUCAUUCAAGUAUGUCUCAAAGAAUGAGUGGGACCAGAACAUUUUGAAUAAUAAAACGUUGUUAAGGGAGAAUUCAAUUGUAGAGUUGGGUUCAGACUUACAAUGUUUAUUACCGAAAUCACUAGAGAACGACGAUCAAGUGGUGCAAGAAAAGAGAAAUGAAACUGAGUUAAAACUUUUGUUGACUGAUAAUCUAGAGAAAGGUGUUAAAAUUAUAACAAAGGAAUUGGAUGAUAUUUGUGUGGUUUAUCCCAAUGGAUUUUGGAAUUAUGAAUAUUGCCCAGGGAAGGAAUUCAUUCAAUUUCAUGGUCAAUCUAAAAAAGAUAACAAAUGGGUAUUCACCCUAGGUAUCUCAGCUUCUGAUAUUAAAGAUCGAGAAUUCCAGUUACUGUACAACGAAUAUGGAUAUUAUAUCAGUGAAAUAUUAGAUGGUGGUGAAAUCUGUGAAGUCACUAAGCAACCAAGAGUUACUGAGAUUCAAUACGUAUGUGGCCCUGCAAAUGGUGCUGCAAAUAUGCAGUGGACUAGAGAAAUUAAGACAUGUCAUUACGAAGCAUCUGUUAGUGUUCCUGCAUUGUGUGAAUUAGAAUUAUUGGCGCUGAGUGAUGAAAAUAAAAUGGCAAAACCACUCAUUUGUUUAAAAGAUACUAAGGAUAGUAAUCAAGCAAAGUCAAUAUCAAAAAAGGAUACUAGAAAUUUGUUAAAUGUUAUAUCUGAAUACAAUCCAUUGUUUCUGGGUUAUGGUUUCUAUUUACUAAAUCCUAAAAUAAGUUCUUAUAGCCAUGACCAAUUUCCUUCCAGAUCUGUGUUGAUGUACUCAGGUAUUUCUAACAUUGAACAAAAUGUUGACGCAAUUUACCGUGAACUUUAUCAAAGAGCAGGGAAGGCAAUGACUAGAAUGAUGUAUUUAAAGUUCUUGACUUUACCUGAUGGAAACCCUUAUAUGCAUGGCGACAGAUUUACUUGGAUUUCGGAUGUAGUAGAUCUUAAUGGAAAAUUUAUAACCAGAAUGAUAUUCACGAUUGAUGAAAAAGAUGUGGCUGAAAUAAAAUUAGAUUACACCUUGGAAUUCAAGAAUUUUGGAAAUUUCGUUUCAUAUCAAAGAGCUGGUCAAGAAAUAGUUUUUCAAGAUGAUAUUAUCAAACAUAUAGAUGAUACUCAUAUGUCUCAUGCUGGAUCAGGAAACGAAGGGAAUUCAGGAUCCAUUGAAGAUAAAAUUAAAGAGGAUAACAUUGUCGAACAAGACAGUAUGGAAUCAACUGACUUCGAAAAAACAGGAAAUAAGCAUUCACAAAAUGAAAGAGAUAAUCAAAAUAUCAAUAACCAAAAUAAAGAUCAUAAACAGGUCCAAAAUGAUGAACAUGACAAGGUUAAUGACUCAGGCAUUAAAAAAGAUGAAACGGAAGAUGGAGUGUCUUUAAAAAAUGAAGAUCAAGGUUCAACCAUUAAAUUCGAUGAAAAACCAAGCAUAGAACAGGAAUCGCAACCUAUUGAAGGAAAAAAUGGAAUUAGAAAUGUCAGUCCCUCUGUAGCUAAAUUUGAAAAUUCCUCUGCAAAUACAGAUACUAAAAUCAUCCCCUCACGAUCCUCUACAACUGAAGAAAGGUCAGAGGUGCCGGAAGAUAAGAGCAAAGAUGCACUUACAGAAACCAAACCAGAUCAAAUUACUAUAAGCCAUUCUAAAGAAAAUGCUAUUCCAACUAGGGAUGGUACAAAAUCUAGUAUGAUAAAAGUAGAGUCGAUAUCAAGUGCCAGUAGCUCAGCAACAACGAACACUGUUGGUAGUUCAAUCUUCACCGAUAUUGAAAAUACAAAUAGCGAAGACCAAAGUCAGCAUAGAUCAGCAGAUAAUCAAAAGAACCAUGUACAUGAUGAAUUAUAG